AUGCUGAGUUACUCAUCGCCGCCUCCAUCGGGUAUUGCUGCCAAGCCCAAGUCCAAGCUAAAGACCGUCGCGAAGCCGAAGGCGGCUGCUCCCAAGGCGAAGGCUGUUGGUGCUGUCGCUGCCAAGCCCAAGAUAGCUAAGAAGCCGAAGUUGAAGCCCGUAGGCAAGGCGGUGAAGACUUCCGCGAAGGCGACGCUAAUGAAGAAGGUCGUGAAGAAGGUGGCUGCCGUGAAGCCGAAGAAGACACAUGUGAAGAAGCCUAAGAGCAUGAAGACGCCGGUGAAGAAAGCGAAGAAAUGCGUCCCCGCUAAGCUGCAGUCCACCGCCAGAGUCCUUGGCUGGUCGCUGACGUGCGGUGUCUCCUUAGCAACCACCGAUGCCGUUCAUCUCAACCAGCCUCAUCAGCGCCACAUAAAUGUGAGCUAA